AACAAAUCAAAAAUUCGCAAAUAUUUGAUUUUACAAUAAACUUAAUUAAAAUGGAAGAAGAGUACGAGAAGUUCGAAAUAACAGACUACGAUCUUGACAAUGAGUUCAAUCCAAACAGGAACAGAAAGAAAUUCACAAAGAAUCAGCAAAUUUAUGGCGUUUGGGCAGACAGCGACGAUGAUGCAACGGAACUGGAAAUGAAGGGAUCAAAAGGGGGUCGUAAGAACUUUAAAGACUAUACAGCACCUGUAAGUUUUGUUUCUGGUGGUGUACAGCAGUCUGGGAAGAAAAAGGAAGAACUGAAAGAUCCAAAAAAGAAGAAAAGCGACGACGAUGAGGAUGAAGAUACAGCACAUCGUGGAUUUGGAUUUAAUCAAAUCAAGAAAGAAUCCAGUGACUCAUCAGAAGAGGAAGUUCGUCCAACAUUUCAGCCAAAGGAAGUUGCUGGCAUGCGACAAACCAAAGGCUCAAUGUCCAAUAAAGGAUUAGGAAAUUGGGAACAGCACACGAGAGGCAUUGGUGCUAAAUUGUUACUUCAAAUGGGUUUUCAGCCUGGAAAAGGUUUAGGAAAGGAGUUGCAAGGUAUUUCAGCACCUGUUGAAGCUCAUGUAAGAAAAGGACGUGGUGCAAUUGGAGCUUAUGGACCUGAAAAGAAGACAAAGAUUGCAGAACUUAAGCCAACAAAGAAGCAGGAUGAUGAAAGAAAAGAAGGUAAGGCUGAGAAACAGUGGUCCAAGAAAGGACACAAAAAACGUUAUUUCUACAAAAGUGUUGAGGAUGUGAUUGAAAAAGGAAAGAAGCCAGACUACAUGUUGUACGAUAGUGGCAAUAAAUUGAGUAAAGUAACAGUAAUUGACAUGACAGGACCUGAAAAGCGAGUAUUAAGUGGAUAUCAUGCAUUAAAUCAAAUGAAAGUCGCAGACGAUGAUCAUUUAAUAGAAACCAAACAGCCAGACCUUAAAUACUUCCAAUUGCCCGAACUUAUGCAUAAUUUAACAUUAAUAGUCAACAUGUGUGAGCAGGACAUUAUAGCUAAUGAUAAAAGACAUAGAACAGCUGAUGAUAGACAAAGAACUAUUAAAACUGAAAAAGAACAGCUUGAGAAGAUUGUAGUACUUGAGAAACAGUAUAUUGAGACAUUAGAGGAUGUCGAGGAGCUUGUUGCAAAGAUUGUAGACACAGAAAAUCCACCAAGUCUCGAAGAAGCUGAAACAAUAUUCAUAGAAUUAAAAGUGACAUUUCCAAAUGAAUUUAAAGAGUUUAAUUUACCUGAUUUGGCACCGACUGUCAUAGCGCCACUUAUUAAUGCCAGUAUUAAAGACUGGAAGCCAUUAGAGGAACCGACCAAACAUUUAAAAAUAAUAAGAAAGUGGGCAGGUCUAUUAGAUUACUCAAAGUCAUCAGCAACAACAUUUUUCGAUCCAUAUGAAGCACUCGUUUGGUCAUGUAUUGUUCCUUACUUCCGACAAGCUGCAAACGAAUGGAAUCCAAAGAAUCAUUCACAAAUGGCAGCGUUGCUCGAUGCAUGGUCAGCGCUUAUGCCUGAAAGAUUACUUGAUAAUGUCCUUGAAUUAAUCGUUUUAAGUCGUUUGACACAAGCAGUCAAUGAAUGGGAUCCAUUAACGGAUAUAGUACCAAUUCAUGAAUGGAUACUUCCUUGGUCUGGAAUAUUAGGUGAAAAAAUGCAUGAAAAUGUCUACAAAACAAUUUGUGAUAAAUUAAGUAAAGCUUUUCGUGCUUGGCAUCCACAAGAUCGAUCAGCACUAGCUAUGAUAAGACCCUGGAAGAAUGUAUUUAAGGAUGAAGACUUGCAGAUAUUUUUACAUAAGAAUGUGGUUCCAAAAUUGGAGUUUCGUAUGAAUGAAAUUAUAAUCGAUCCACGUCAACAAGAUUUGGAAGUUUUUAAGCAAGUCUACGACUGGAAUGAACUUUUAACAACUCAAGUCAUGACAAACAUCUUAGACAAAUAUUUCUUUCCAAAAUGGAUACAAACUCUCGUUCUGUGGCUUAAUCAGUCACCUAAUUAUGAUGAAAUCUCGCGAUGGUAUAAAGACUGGCAGAGUCAAUUUAGUGAAGCUCUUCUAAAGCAGCCAAACAUUAAUGAACAUUUGAGACGAGCUCUUGACUUGAUGAAGCGUGCAACUGGCAAAUAUGUUCAAGAACCAGUAACUGUACAACCAUUGCCGUCAUUAAUGGAACUUAAUAUUAAGCCACCGUCAACAAUUAAUUUAGAAUUUAAGGAAAUUGUCUCACAAAAGUGUGCAGAACGAGGAAUUAUCUUCGCACCAAUGCCUGGACGACGAGAGAAUGGAAAGCAAGUUUAUAGACUUGGGAAAUUAUUUUGCUAUUUCGAUAAAUCAGUUUGCUGUGUUAGUCCUGAUCCUGGAAAAUCGUCGCAAUGGAUGCCGAUGUCGCUAAGUGUGAUUCUAGAGAAAGCUAAGUGAAUAGAUUUAGUCAUUGUUCUUGUGAAGUAUGUAAUCUUUGAUGAUUCUUUUCAAAUACAAAAAAACCGUUAAAAAUUUAAAAAGUUCUAUUCUGUCAGCAUAUUUUCAAAUGGUUUUUGGUUGUUAAUUUUCAAAUAGUUUUAAACCGUUAUUUCAAAAUGUGUCUUUUUCAGCAAAUUUGUGUCUAUUUAAGAUUAUAAACUUCACAAGAGCUAAACAGAAUGUGAUAAUUCAUG